AUGCAUAUAUCUACAUUAGAGGAUUAUAUAUCGGAUCUUUGUUAUAUUUGGACAUCUGAUAUACUAAGAACGAAUGCAUUAAGUACUAUUCAAUAUGUUGAAUUUUGUUUUCCAAGUAUCCAUUAUGAUGAUAAUAUACAAAUUUGUGAUGGCAAACAUCUUGUACCUUUUCUUAGCAAAUAUAUGCCUCAUUUACAAACAUUACGCCUUUGGCGACCAGAUGAUUUUCCUUGGACAUCAACACAACAUGCAGCUAUUUUUGAACAAGAUCUUUGUCAGCUGGUCGAAGCAUUAAAGGAAUUUACCUUUCUGGAUAUUUAUGGCGAAAUUCAUUAUGAAAAAGUUGAACCUUAUCGAUUAAUGACUCAAACUCGCUUUCCUAAUAGUCAAAUAAAUGUUGAAGUAUCAAGAUUUUGUCUUUGGCUUUAA